GGGGCGCGGGAGGAAAGCGGCGCCGGUCCCGGGAUUGGGGGGUGGAGGCGAUGGCGAGCGGGGCAUGCGCAGUGGGGCGGAGGAGGUGGCGAUGGCCCGGGGAGGCGGGGGGACUGCUGUUUAUCUGCAGCUGGGCCAACUCGGCGGCGCAGGCGGCGGCGGAGCGCGGGACGCCAGCGGCCGGUCCAGCUGCCGCCGGCCAUGCCCGAGUGCAUCUCCCGGCAGCUGCCGCGCACCGUCCGGGCCCCGGCCGGGGAGGAUGCCAGACACCCGGGAGAGACCAGGACAGCGGCGGCGGCGCGAUGGUGGUGACCAGCUCUGCCCGAGGCGGCGGCGGGGACCGCGCGCCCUCCCGGCGGCGGGACUGCGGACUCGCGCCGGCAGGAGCCGCGGCGCUGCUGGCCGGGGCGAGCUGCCUGUGCUACGGCCGCUCCCUGAGGGGCGAGUUCGUGCACGACGACGUGUGGGCGAUCGUCAACAACCCCGACGUGCGGCCCGGAGCCCCGCUGCGCUGGGGCAUCUUCUCCAACGAUUUCUGGGGCAAGGGCAUGGCCGAGAACACCAGCCACAAGUCUUACCGGCCGCUCUGCGUCCUCACCUUCAAGCUGAACAUCUUUUUGACUGGCAUGGACCCCUUCUACUUCCACGCAGUAAAUGUCAUUUUACACUGCCUAGUGACCCUUGUCCUGAUGUAUACCUGUGACAAAACUGUCUUCAAGAAUCGUGGACUUGCUUUUGUUACCGCGUUACUUUUUGCCGUGCAUCCUGUUCACACAGAGGCGGUAGCUGGAAUUGUUGGCAGAGCUGAUGUGUUGGCGUGCCUGCUGUUUCUUUUGGCCUUUCUCUCCUAUAAUAGGAGUGUGGACCAGUGUUGUGUUGGGGAAAGUUUCCCUCCCACAGCUUCUCCCUUCUUCUUGCUGCUCAGUCUGUUUCUGGGGACCUGCGCAAUGCUGGUGAAAGAGACAGGCAUCACGGUGUUCGGCGUCUGCUUGGUUUAUGAUCUCUUUUCUUUAUCCCACAAUCAUGAUAAAUCGAGCAACGGGGUCAUCCAUCAGCGCAGCCCACAGCAGCCUGGAAGCUCCCCGACAGCACACCCUUUCCGGGAGAAUGGGAAGCAGCAGCGGUUCCCUCACAAAGGAGCUUGGGGUGGCUGCCAUGCCAUGCCGUCUGAACCCAAGAGCAGUGGAUUCCCCGUGUCUCCUGGAGCUGUGUGGUCCUUGAUGAGGUAUCUGACAGCAAGCAGCAAUAGAAAUUUCCUGCUUACCAUGAGGCCCUUCUUAAAAAGAGCCACUUUGGUCAUAAGUUAUGUGAUCGUUGUUCUGUACUUUCGUCUGUGGAUAAUGGGAGGAUCUAUGCCCCUCUUUUCAGAGCAGGAUAAUCCGGCUUCAUUUUCGCCUUACAUUCUUACAAGAUUCCUUACUUAUUCCUACCUCUUGGCCUUCAACGUGUGGCUUCUGCUUGCACCUGUUACUCUGUGCUAUGACUGGCAAGUGGGCAGUAUUCCUCUGAUAGAGACCAUAUGGGACAUACGGAACGGAGCUACCAUCCUUCUGGCAGUUGUGAUGGCCUUACUGAGUCUUCAUUGUUUAGCAGCCUUCAAGAGACUGGAGCACAGGGAAGUUUUGGUGGGCUUGUUGUUCCUGGUUUUCCCGUUCAUCCCAGCCAGCAACCUCUUCUUCAGGGUGGGUUUCGUGGUGGCCGAGAGAGUCCUAUACAUGCCUAGCAUGGGCUACUGCAUUCUUUUCGUGCACGGACUGAGCAAGCUGUGCGCGUGGCUGAAUCGUUGUGGCGCCACCACCCUGAGCGUGUCCACGGUGCUGCUCCUGCUGCUUUUCUCCUGGAAAACCGUGAAACAGAACGAAAUCUGGCUGUCGAGAGAGUCCCUAUUCAGGUCUGGAGUUCAAACUCUGCCCCACAAUGCCAAGGUUCACUACAACUAUGCCAAUUUCCUGAAGGACCAGGGUCGGAACAGGGAAGCCAUCUACCACUACAGAACGGCCCUCAAGUUGUAUCCACGCCACGCAAGUGCCCUGAACAACCUUGGAACCCUGACUAGAGACACAGCAGAGGCAAAGAUGUACUAUCAGAGGGCUCUCCAGCUAAACCCGCAGCAUAAUCGGGCUCUUUUCAAUCUCGGGAAUCUUCUUAAGUCUCAGGAGAAAAAGGAAGAGGCUAUCACCUUACUGAAGGAUUCCAUUAAAUAUGGUCCAGAGUUUGCAGAUGCAUAUUCAAGCUUAGCUUCAUUAUUGGCUGAGCAGGAGAGAUUUAAAGAAGCUGAGGAAAUAUACCUGGCUGGAAUAAAGAAAUGCCCAGACAGCUCAGACUUACACAACAACUAUGGAGUUUUCCUAGUUGAUACUGGCUUUCCAGAGAAGGCAGUGGCCCAUUACCAGCAAGCCAUCAAACUUAGCCCAAGCCAUCACGUGGCCAUGGUGAACCUGGGAAGACUCUACAGGUCAUUGGGAGACAACGGUGUGGCUGAAGAGUGGUACAAACGCGCCCUGCAGGUGGCACGCAAAACUGAGAUACUGUCGCCUCUGGGAGCGCUGUAUUACAACACUGGCAGAUACGAAGAGGCUUUGCAGACUUACCGGGAAGCCGUGGCCCUUCAGCCUUCCCAAAGGGAGCUCCGCCUGGCACUGGCUCAGGUUUUGGCCGUGAUGGGACAGACAAAAGAAGCUGAAAAGAUGACCAGUCACAUUGUGUCAGAGGAGACUGGGUGCCUUGAAUGCUAUCGCUUGCUGUCCGCCAUCCACAGCAAGCAGGAGCAGCACGACAAGGCACUUGAUGCUAUAGACAAGGCUCUGAAGCUGAAACCAAAGGACCCAAAAGUUAUAUCUGAACUUUUUUUCACAAAAGGAAACCAGCUGAGAGAGCAGAACCUCCUGGACAAAGCUUUUGAGAGCUAUAAAGCGGCCGUGGAGUUAAAUCCAGAUCAAGCACAGGCCUGGAUGAACAUGGGUGGAAUUCAGCACAUCAAGGGAAACUACGUGUCUGCAAGAACUUAUUAUGAAAGAGCCUUACAGCUGGUUCCAGACAGCAAACUACUGCAGGAAAAUCUCGCCAAAUUGGAUCGCCUUGAGAAAAGAUUACAGGAAGUUCGAGAAAAGAACCAAACGUAGCAGCAUUUGACCCAGUCUCAAGGGACGGUGCUGGUGUCUUUGGAAGAGGAAGAAGUGACAGAAGCUUUGCUUUCACAUCAGUUGGGGCAUGACCAAUGGCAUUUUCCCUGUCACUCCGAGUUCAGGGUGACACAUUUUGGGACACCUGCUGGUAACGCUGUGCUGGGGACUUGCAUUUCCAUGAAAGAAGAAAAAAAGAGCAAGCAGGGGCUAGGAGACCUGAGAUGGAAGGAAAACAGCAGCUGCACAUUUUACAGAAUUUUUUCUUGCUUUAAUUCUAGAUUUCCUUUCAUAUAUGUGUCUGCUUUUUCAACCUGGAAAUCUAAUUCCAUUUCUUAGUGUAGACAUUUCUUGGUGUAGCCUCCCAGAAAUAGAGGCUUGAAAUGCUACGAAGGCAUGGCAUCUCUUCUUUAUGAGAUGAGAUAUUUCAGAGAGGAUAAAUCCUCUGGGAUAAACCAUUUGGGAAAUUCUUCCAAGAGGUAGCUCAUUUAAUUCUCUGAACUGGAAAUGAGUAUCUCACAGUUUUUGUAAAACCUUCUGGAAUAUAUGGGGAAAGAGGCUGUUGUUAAGUCAGCUUUAUCUUAUAUCCUUUUGAGGAUAUUGCUAGAGCAAGUUAUACUAUAGAGAAGUAAAUUAAAUUCCAGUCUGAUACAAGCUGUUUUUCCAUUGCCUAAUAUAUCAAUAAGGAAGUUUCUGGAAUUGUGUAUGGGUAUUCAUAUUCCUAUGGGAAAAGCAAGGAUCUUAGUACCCCGAUUGUUUAUGGAAAUGUUUUAAAUUAUUUUAAUUUUAUUACAAGUAUUAUUGGAGUAGUGGUUCUGCUCUAAGAUUUCAUAAGUGCUUUUAAAUAUCAUAAAUGUUUCCACCUCCAAAUAUAUUGUUAUUUUGGUGGAGAAAAAAAUAGUAUAUUCUACAUGAGAAUUAUUAAAGAUAUUAAUUGAGAGAAAUGUUCUACUUUAUUAUCUUAACUUUCAGAGAUUAUUUUUUGAAAAUAUAUUUAAUCAUUGAGGAAUAUUUACAGUAUAUUACAGAAAUCUUCAUAGACUCUAAAUGGGUGUAAAGAAGCUCUAUUGAUUGAUCUUCCUAGGCUUAAUGAGAAUUUUGUGCUUAAAACAUGGAUGCUAGAACCUGCAGUUCUUGGUUCUAUGUUUGGAAUUUUGGAGAUUUCAUGGAAAAUGCUCAAAAAAAUCUAGGAAAGAAAAUCUAAAUUCAUAAUUUUAAAAUAUGUAUAUUUAUAUUUAAAAGGUAUGGAUGGCAAAGUUGAACUUACAAUUUGACAUUUGUCUUUUAGUGUUAUUUAUUUCAUAACUUAUAAAAUAUUUAAUAUAUGCACACAUUUUUCUCUGUACAUAGUGGUUUUAGUAGCAGCUUUUACAACUGAUCAUACAAAAAUUAUAAAUCUAAACUACAAAGUAAUUAAGUUUCCACCAUCCCUCAAAAAUUUUGUAUUGAUUAUUCACUUGCUAAAGUUAAAGAAAUUAGGAACCAGCCAUCAGGGUUUGGGUGGUAAUAUAUUUUGGAGUUGAAGAAAUUGGAAUAUGUGAUUCUAAUUUGGUUUUCAUCAUAAACGUAAAUAAAAACAAACAAAACCUACUCUGGACAGUGCUGUUCCUGGUGCCAAGCCAGGUAUCAUACACAUUUAGUAGCUUGAGGCACACGGAUGUCACAUGCUCCAGCCAGAGCCGCCUCUUUUCAACCCCAGAAGCAGAAAGCACUGCCUCUGUGUUGUUAUUAUUACUUUUUGUCAAGGUAAAUCUAGAUAAAAGGAAAAAAAAUUUCUUUGGAAAGGGAUGAUGCCAGGAAUAUUUUAAAUACGAAGGAUUAUGGAAUUUAAAUUAGCAUACAUGUUUGUGUGUAUCAGUAAUCCAAUAAUGUAUAUAUUACAACUAUGAUCUUCUGUUUCUAAUAGUCUUUAAUGUUAUAGAUCAUAAAUGUAUCUAAAAUUUCAUUUCAAAUAUUUUUAGUUCCCCAAAUUAUACUUCUGUAGUCCUAAGGUCAAGAAAUGUACUAUAAUAUUUAUUAUAAAAUAACUACUCCACCCCCAAAAUGAAAAACAUGGAACCCUAGCUAAAAACAAUAUCUAGUACUUUAAUUAUAAACUUUUUAGAAUAAUCAGUAAUGAAAAUUUAUACUUAGAAAGUUAAUGGAAAAGAUCAAGCCCCAAAUUUUGAAAAGGAAUUAUGCCUUAUCUGAAGGGCUGCUAAAGAUAUGAGAGUACAUUUGUUGGAAUAAUUGCAAUGGCUAUUACAGCCUAAAAGUUUCUGAGAGAAAAGGGUCAUGUGGCCUUCAGGAGACUUUUUUUGCCUUCUUUUGGAUGCUUUUCUCUCUCCCCAUCUGUCUCUGUUUUCUGUCUCGUGUCUCUCUCCCCCCUUCCUUUCCCCUCUCCCCCCACCAACCCCUCCAUCUCUCUCCCUCCCUCUCUUUGUCUUUCUCAUUCUAUCACUGUCUCAUUCUGUCUGCGCACACUGGCAUCUCUUUGAACAUUAGAAGUAAGCACUUCUUGUUGGAUCAGGUAUUUCUGUCCUGAGUUAAUACUUUCACUUAGAUGUGGCCAAUGAAAUAGCUUUCAUAGUUGCAUGGUACCUAUAAAAAAGUAAAUCACACAUUAUUUUUCAAAGAUAUUAAGUGUAUUUUAUAACUAUUUUUAUUUGCUCUUAUAACAUGAAAUAUUAUGUGGAACUCAUCCUUAUCAAAAUAAGAAUGGGGUGCCCUGGCUAGUCAUGGAGUUCAUCCAGGUUCCCUUAACAAAAGCAGGCUUGGCUAUGAGUUCAUAGCCUCUUUCUGAGAUGGAAUUGCAGAGCCAGCUUUGUGGACAUGCAGUCUCUGCAGGCCUCAGGGUCUUGCACUCAGAUGUACUUUGUGCUUGGCUGGAUGCUCUGCUUGAAAUUCUUAGUAAUUUUUUAACAAAGGGUCCUACAAUUCUAUUUUGCCCGGGACAGGAGGGAACAUCAAACAAGGCUGGAGUUGGUUCAGUCUAUCUAACCUGUCCGUCCGUCCAGGAUAGAACCAGUUCAGCUUGCCUUCAGAUUCUCCAAUAAGUGGUAGCCCUUUCACACGCCUUUUGACAUAGAAGCCACCAGAAUGGCUUUACAAGCUUAUGUUAACCUUAAGGAUUAUUCAGGAUUUUAAAGCUGACUCAGAUGUUUUCAACCUGUUAAUGGUAUUCAUGAAAUAUGGUUCAUUGAUUAACUGCAGCGAACUAAACCAAAGAUUCAAAUACCUUGAAGGAAAGGAAAUUUUAUUUUAGGGACUCCUGAGAUAUAUUCUUUUAGGUCUGUUUAUUUUAAAGCGCAUCACAAAACAAAGAGGAUGUCAGCACUUGGAUUCCAGCUCCCCACAGCACUUCACAGCCCCCAGUGUAGGCGUCUGACGUGCCUAACACGUAGGACCUCAUUCGAUGUAGGGCUUUGCAGUGGUGGUGCAGCUGCUUUUCAGCAAGGCUAAAUGAGAAAAUCCAAAGCUUUGCACACAAACCGACUGGAAAAACUAAUUUGAGGAGGAGUAAAAAGCAAAUGUGGGUUUCACACUGUUUGUUUCAAACCUUCCAAGCCCCUCAAAUUGAAACGCCACAUUCAGCUGACAGCUGAGAUCUCACCCCUCACACACAGGUGCUCUAGGCCCUAGUGGACUUGAAAAUAACCAUGUGCACUUUGGGAAUCACUGGACCUCGGCCGCUCAGGUUGAGAUUCUGGUAUGCAGCCAGGCUGGAGAACCACUGCAGGCUUUAAUAAGAGUUUUAACCUUUAAUAAGAGUUUAUGACUUUUACCAGGAGAUGUUUACAGUCUUACAAUUUUCACUUUUAAAUUUAGACUAAAGUGAGCCAAAGAAUUUCAAAGAAUGACUUAACAGCACAAUUGGUUAGUUGAAGCUGCCAUGCCAAGAUUGACAAACAGGUGGGUUGGCUGAGGUGGUUUUGCAUUUGUGGCAACAGGAUGAUAAUUUGAUCUUAUAUUUACAGAACUCCUGGUUCUCAGAUGGAGAAUGGUCCUGCUAUUUUCAUGUACCAGACGAGGAGUCCAGUAUAUAAAACUCAUGUUUUGUUAUGGCUCAUAGAAGGGUCCAUGACAUAAGUUUAUGCCUACACCUGUAUCUCUUUUUUUAAGUUACACACGUCAACUUUUGUUAAUUAUUUCUUAAUUGUACUCAUUACAAUAAGCUUUUAAAAUGUUUUUCUCUGAUUUGUGAUAGAUUUGUACCUUAGAUCAAUAAAUCUAUAGGUUAUAGUAACAGCACUCAAAGCAAAUGUAGUUAUAGGCAUUUGUUUAAUUUUUUCAUAGUUUCCAAAUCACAUUUACUUUGAUAAAAGAGCAUGUUGGCAUUUCCCAUUAAUAACAACAAAAACAACUAUCUAAAUGGCAUCUUUUGACAUUUUAAAAGAGAAAAAAAAAACCUGUCAAAUCUUAUGUUUAGGCUACAAUUGAAUAAGAUAAAAAGUUACAAUGCAAAAAUGUAGGGAAAUAUAACUUUGUAUGAUUAUUCUUGAAGUUUCUGAUGUGACAAGUAUGUUGAGCAAUCCUUACAAAAAUAGAACUUCCUUAUUUUUGUCUGUUAGUAGCCACAUAACUUAAAGAAAACAAAUGAAAUAACUUCAAUCAAGCUAUGGUUUAUUAUCAGUAAAAUAUAAUGUCACAACAGAAUUGGUAUCUAUCAAUUGGCUCAUAUAAAAAUGUUCUAAUUUUAUCACCAAGGAUCCUUUCCAUUAAAACCUUUAGGGCACAUAACUGGUAAAAUUAGCAUCAUCACAAUAUGGGGUCAUUAUUAGUUUGUAAGUUUAGAUCAACAUUUGCCACAAACUAAAAAGAGCUCUCUAUGUCCAGAAAUCCAGGACAUUUUUUCCCAUUCUCAGUGGUGCACAUGGUGUGUAUUUGUAUCAUGGUGGAUACAAGUAAUACAAAUGUGCAUAAUGUCCUUUUGGGGUUGUCUUGUUGCUCCAUAGAAGGGGAGACUCAAUCCAAGAAUCUGGAGAUCUGGAAUCUAGUUCUGCUCUGCCACAAAGGAGUACCGGGACAAGUUACCAAUUGUCUCAGUCACGUUUACCAUACAUUAAAGGAGUGGUUAAUUCUAUGGACCUAUCAAGCUCUGUGAGUCCCCUGAAUCCAAAUAGAAAGCCCACUGCCUCUGAAGAGGUAACUGUUGAGUGAGGCUCUUAGUUUUAGAAAUUCUUAAGAUAAUGAUUGCAGCAAAACACAGAACCCUAUGAGUGACUGAACUGCCCGUAUACUUUAAUGUGACAGAGGUAAAUACUCCUGUUUUGCAGUCUCCAUUCCCUUCUCCAGGGGAUCAUUCCUGGGUCAGGAGGAUCCCCUGGAGAAGGAAAUGGCAACCCACUCCAGUACUCUUGCCUGCAGAAUUCCAUGCACAGAGGAGCCUGGCAGGCUACAGUCCAUGGGAUCACAAAGAGUUGAACACGACUGAGUGACUAACACUUUCACACGUAAAAAUUAGCGAUUUUGUUGUUUCUGGGGAAAAAAAAUAUUUUUAAAUUUCCUCCAAAGGCAUUAAAGUAUCUGUAGAAACCAUGGCCUGCUUUUAUAAUGUGGAAAUCAGCUGACUUGCUGUGACUCACCCACCCUUCCUUUUGUUAGAUGGAAAUACUUGUAUCAUGUUUUUCAGAUUGCUUUGAUCAGUUGUAUAUAAAUGUACAUUUUUGUUACUUUUGCUGUGCCAGUUAGAAAUAUAUCUCCCAUAAAGGAUUUCUCCCAUUUAAGUCUGAUUGUGUACACUUUGCCUAGGUCUUUCCAAAGUGAAAUUUAUGUAAAUGUAUAUUUUAUAUAAAAUAUGAUGAAAAUAA